AUGCGAGUGGACAGCUCUAUCUGCAUAAAGCAGAUUGGCGGUGCAGAAGCACAGGCGAUUGCUAAAGCACUCCAAGUGAGCACGACGCUGACUGCGCUCGAUUUGCGCCGUAACGAGAUUGGCGAUGUUGGAGCGCAGGCGAUUGCUGAAGCACUCAAAGUGAACAUGACAUUGAUGGCGCUCAAUCUGAUUGAGAAUCAGGUUGGCGAUGCUGGAGCGCAGGCGCUUGCCGAGGGACUCAGCAUGAACAAGGUGCUGACUAGCCUCAGUCUGAUGGCGAAUCGGAUUGGUGAUGUUGGAGCUCAGGCAAUUGCAGAGGCCCACAAAGCGAACUCGACGGUGGCUUCGCUCGAUCUGUGUCACAAUCAGAUUGGUCAUGCUGGAGCGUGCGCGAUUGCUGCAGCACUCAAAGUGAACAAGACGGUGACUCAGCUCUCCCUUGACUAUAAUUGCAUGGGCGGCCUUGGUUCUCAAGCGAUCGAUGAGGCAUGCAAAGGCAAAAGCGGAUUUCAGCUGAUCCUCCGCGAUCAGAUCAACCCUCUUGCGUUUUCCUUCCUUCCACGAUUGGCGAGUGCUGAAGACAUCCAAGAAGUGUUCCGCAUGCUGACCAGCGGGUUGGAGUUGGAGAAUCAGCGCGCAUCUCUUCCAGCACUACCAACCGAGAUUGCCGAGCUCAUUAUGGACGAAGCGCAUUACUGGCGAGGCGUGCAGCACACCAUGCGAGGGAAUCAUGGUUACAUUGCGCUGAGAGUCACUGUGCCUCAAGGAAAUUCAAUCCGUGUGAAAGCAAUUCAAGUGCUUCGUGACAAGAGAGAACAUCCCGACAACACCGUUGACGAUGCUUUCGAUUUGACUGUCCAAGAUGAACAAGGUGUUGUUCAGUACGAAUGUGCUGUGCACCCGACUUUCGUCAAUUCGAACCUCGCCCUUGCGACCAUCUGGCCAGCGAGUCAUCCCAUUAUCCGACAAAUGCGCGAGGGCUGGCAAGUUCAAGUUGGGCGCAACAAGGUUGCCUUCUCUGUGCUAUUUGAAUCGCUUUAUGUCGGAUAUGCCGACCGACAGUGA